AUGUGGUUCGGGGAACUGAAAGCGCUCUUACUACUGGGCUUCCUGUCCCGUAAUGUUAAUGGCCUCAGGUACGACGAGAAAUACGUCGACUACAACCUCAACCAGAAUAAGGAUGCGACAGAUCCCAUAUUCUACGAUGGAACGUGGGAGGGUCACAACUACACGCCGUCGCCGGAGAACUGGCGGUUCCCGUUCUACACCAUCAUGCUUGACAGAUUCGUGAACGGCAACCCGGAUAACGACAACGCGAACGGAACCAUACUCGAGCAGGACAUCACGGGCACGCAGCUGCGAUGGGGCGGUGAUAUCGCCGGCCUGGUCGACACUCUGGAUUACCUGCAGGGCAUGGGCAUCAAGGGAAUCUACUUUGGAGGAUCGAUGCUCAUCAACGCGCCAUGGAACUACGACUCGUACUCGCCGUUGGAUCAGACGCUGCUGGAUAUGCACUUUGGCAACAUCACAGAAUGGAGAGCGGCCAUCCAGGAAAUCCACGACCGUGGAAUGUACAUCGUCUUCGAUAACACGAUGGCCACCUUGGGUGACCUGAUCGGCUUCAAGGACUACCUCAACAGCUCGGCGCCGUUCGAACCCCACGAGAUGGAGAUUGUCUACAAGACGGACCGACAGUAUCUCGACUGGACCUUCCCGACCGAGUACAACGAGACUUGCGAACACUUUCCUCGUCUCUACCUCGAAGAGGGCAAGGAAGUUCCCCAAGAGAUCUACGACAUGUUCGGAGGCUGCUACAACGGUGACUUUGACCAGUUCGGUGACACUGAGGCUUUCGGCGUAUACCCAGAUUACCGGCGUCAGUUGACAAAGUUCGCCUCCGUCCAGGACAGACUGAGAGAAUGGGUCCCCGCCGUUAACCAGAAGCUCGCCCACUUCUCGUGCAUAAUGAUCAAGAUGCUGGAUAUCGAUGGUUUCCGAUUUGACAAGGCGCUGCAGGUCACGGUCGAUGCCCAGGGCGAGUUCUCCAAGAGGAUGCGUGAGUGCGCUCGCGCCGUUGGCAAGGACAACUUCUUCCUCCCCGGCGAGAUCACGGGCGGUAACACCAUGGGUUCCAUCUAUAUCGGCCGCGGCCGCGUUCCCGAGCAGUGGUUCAAGGACAUCAACACUGCUUACAACACAACCCAGGACAAGGCAAAGGACAUGGACAUCUUCAUCCGCGACGAGGGCCACCAGGCCCUGGAUUCCGCCGCCUUCCACUACUCCUUCUACCGUUUCCUCGUCAUCUUCCUAGGUAUGGACGGUACCGGUGUGGCCGGCUACGAUGUGCCCAGUAACUUUGUCGAGGCUUGGAACGAGGUCCUGCGGUCCAACGAUAUGAUCAACGCCAACACCGGCAAGGUCGACCCCCGCCACAUGUUCGGUGCCAUGAACCAGGACACUUUCCGCUGGCCUGCCAUUGAAGUCGGCCACGAGCGCAGUUUGAUGGGCCUGUUCAUCACGACGCUUCACUUGCCCGGCAUCCCCAUGCUCACGUGGGGAGAGGAGCAGGCGUUCUACGUCCUCGACAACACGGCGCAGAACUACAUGUUCGGCCGUCAACCCCUCGCCUCCGCGCCCGCCUGGCAACAGCACGGAUGUUACUCUAUGCCCGCAACCCUCUAUUACCAGAUGCCCCUCAGCAAGGCGCGCGAGGGAUGCCGCGACGACACCGUCUCUUAUGAUCACCGCGACCCCAGCCACCCCAUCAGGAACAUCCUCAAGCACAUGUACCAUCUGAGAAAGGAGUACCCCGUUCUCCAGGACGGCAUGUGGCUCGAGCAGCUGUCGAACAACACCGAGGACCUCCACUACCCUGGUAACUCCGGAAUGGCCACCACCACCGGUCUCUUCAGCGUACUACGUUACCAGCUCGGCGUCCAGGACCUCGGCGAGAACCUCGUUCCCAUCUGGUUCCUGUACCACAACCGCAACGUUACCCACACCUACCAGGUCGAUUGCAGCAAGAAGGAGGAGGCCAUCAUCUCCCCCUUCGAGUCCGGUACCACGGUGAAGAACCUGUUCUUCCCUCACCAGGAGACCACGCUCGACUCAUCGCCCGUGGCGCUCCCUUACGCCAACAACAAGGGCUUCAACGGCUGCUUCAAGAACAUCACUCUGACCCCGUUCGAGUUCCGUGCCUACGUCCCCAAGGCCGACUUCAAGAACCCCCCCGUUGCCGUCACCAAGUUUGCUCCCGGCCAUGACGCCCGCCUCCAGUCCGACGAACCCGUCAACACCGUCCCCAUUGAGCUUCACUUCUCCGUUAAGAUGGACUGCGAUUUAUUCAAGGACGCCGUCAGCUUCCAGUCCCACACCGACGACAACAGCGUCCCCUCGAUUGACGAGAGCUCCAUCCAGUGCGCAGACAUCUCCGAAGCCGUCUCUCAGUGGACGGCCGCCUUGCCUUCUGUGUUUUCGUGGAAGGCCAACCUGGUCAAUGUCAAGCAUGGUGUGCACCAGGUCAUUGUUAAGAACGCAACCGUGUCUGGCGGGCAGACGACGACAAACGUCACCGACAGGUUCCUCUUCCGCAUCGGCUCUCUGGACAACGGCAUCGUCUUCCCCCAUGCGGCCAACUACUCCACGACCCUCCUGACCAAGGACGCCGACGGCACUCUCAGACUCAAGCACACCUCGGCCGGAGCCAGCAAGUUCCGCUACUCGACCAACUUCGAGUCAUCUUGGAGCGACUGGGCCCCCUACGAGACCGAGACCAAGGUCGUCAAGCAGCCCUGGAACGGCACCAAGGAACAGGAGUGGGAGGGCGAGCACGUCGUUGUCCAGUACUACAGCAAGCUUCUCGGCUCCAGCGCGUACAUGGUACAUGCCGACCUCGGCUACGACACCCCGCGCCGCAUCCCUCACAUGUACGCCGUCGGCAAGUUCAACCAGUUCGGUUACGACAGCGGCUUGACCAUGUCCCUGAAGCACGAGAGCGCGUCGCAGUGGGCGUGGCACUACAUGGACGAAUGGCCCAACUACUUCAAGUUCAGCAUCUGGGGCAUGAACCCGGACAAGCAGCCCGACCAGUCCUUCAUCUACGGUGACGUCGACGGCGACCACGUCGUCGAGCGUCUGCCCCCCUCGUCGCUGUUCCAGAACGCCGUCAACAUCACGGAGCCCCCUCCCAAGCCGUACCUGGCCUUCCGCGUCGUCCUGAACGAUGCCACCCUGCAGUACCAGCUCAUCCCCAAGGGUAACAUGUGGGUUCAGUUCAUGCUCUGGCUCUUGCUCCUCAUCGUGCCCGUCCUCAGCGGCCUCGCCGCCGUGCAAGCCUUCAAGCGCUCCUUCUACAAGGUCAAGUUCAACGAGCACGGUGUCCACGAGACCUCCAAGCUCGGCAUGAUGGUCCAAAAGACCCGCAACGCCUUCAUGGGCGCCGCCGGCGCCGUGCCCCUCAAGAUGCGCAGCUCGACCGACCUCGUCUCCGCCGCCGCCGCUGCGACCGCCGGCAACAAGCGCCGCAAGGUCCUGAUCGCCACCAUGGAGUACAACAUCGACGACUGGAACAUCAAGAUCAAGAUUGGUGGUUUGGGUGUCAUGGCCCAGCUGAUGGGCAAGGCCCUCAAGCACCAGGACCUCAUCUGGGUUGUGCCCUGCGUCGGUGAUGUCGAGUACCCCCUGGACAGCCCGGCGCCCAGCAUGUACGUCACCAUCAUGGACUCAGAGUACGAGAUCAAGGUUCAGUACCACAUUGUGGACAACAUUACCUAUGUCUUGCUUGAUGCUCCUGUCUUCAGGAAGCAGACCAAGUCUGAGCCUUACCCCCCGCGUAUGGACGACCUCGAGAGUGCCAUCUACUACUCUGCUUGGAACCAAUGCAUCGCUGAGACCUGCAACCGUUUCCCCGUUGAUCUGUACCACAUCAACGAUUACCACGGCGCUAUUGCUCCUCUUUACCUGCUUCCCAGGACGAUCCCAGUUGCCCUGUCUCUUCACAACGCCGAGUUCCAGGGUCUCUGGCCUAUGCGCACGCCCGAGGAGAGCAAGGAAGUCUGCAAAGCUUACAACCUAAGCAUCGAGGUCGUCAAGAAGUACGUCCAGUACGGCUCAGCAGUGUUCAACCUUCUCCAUGCCGGCGCCAGUUACCUCCGCGUCCACCAGAACGGAUUUGGUGCCGUCGGUGUCUCUCGCAAGUACGGUGACCGUUCGUUCGCUCGUUACCCUAUUUUCUGGGGUCUGUCCAAGGUUGGCCAGCUGCCUAACCCCGACCCUACGGAUACCGCCGAGUGGGACAAGACCGACUUCAUGAACCAACCCAAGAUCGAGGUCGACCCCGCCUACGAAGCCGGCCGCGGUGACCUGAGAAGACAGGCUCAGGAAUGGGCCGGACUUAACGUCGAUCCUGAAGCCGAGCUGUUUGUCUUCGUCGGACGUUGGUCUCUGCAGAAGGGCGUUGAUCUCAUCGCCGACAUCUUCCCAUGGGUUCUGGAUACCUACCCCAAGGCUCAAUUGAUUACCAUUGGACCCAUGAUUGAUCUUUACGGACGCUUCGCCGCUCUCAAGCUCGCCAAGCUCAUGGAGCUCUACCCCGGUCGCGUGUUCUCCAAGCCCGAGUUCACCGCCCUCCCGCCUUACAUCUUCAGCGGUGCCGAGUUUGCCUUGAUCCCCUCCAGAGACGAGCCUUUCGGUUUGGUCGCCGUCGAAUUCGGCAGAAAGGGAGCUCUGGGUGUCGGUGCCCGCGUCGGUGGUCUCGGUCAGAUGCCCGGAUGGUGGUACACGGUUGAAUCGACCAAAGCGGCCCAUCUCACCAAGCAGUUCAAGCACGCCAUCAAGGAUGCCCUCGAGACGGACACCAAGACCAGAGCCAUGAUGCGCGCCUGGUCCGCCAAGCAGCGAUUCCCCGUGGCCGAGUGGCUCGAGAAGCUCGAAAAGCUCCAGGGCGGCGUCAUCAAGGCGCACGCAAAGUACGGCAAGAAGGGCGUCAAGAAGGGCAACGUCCUCGUCAAGCACAGCCGCGCCAGCUCCAUCGCCGCCCCCCUCCGCAACGACGUCGAGCUCGUCGACCGCUCCCCGGCGUGGAUGCGCCAGGUUUCCGACUACGACGACGACGCGACGACGCUCCACGGCGGCCGCAACACCUCCGGCAUGCAGACUCCCCGGUACCCCAGCACUCCCGGCUCGCCCGCCAUGUCCCCGACGCCCAUGUAUGCCGACUCGCCCUACAGCUCCCGCGCGGCCUCGCCGGGACCGUACAACCGCGAUCCCCAGCAUGGCCGCAACGUCUCGGGCAACUCGGCCCACGACUUCGGGCUCGGCCGCAACUUCUCGCUCCCGGGACCUGCCGGGCAACAGCACUACCAGCCGGCGCACAGCCGCGACGCCUCCGGCUUCUCCAUGGCCGACACCCUGCCGCUCCCGCCCCCGGGAGGGGGCCUGGGCAUGCAGCAGGACAACUCCUCGCGCGCCUCCAUGCUCAGCGUCGAGGACGUCGUCGGCGACAGGCACGACUACAAGCUGCAGCAGGUCGACCCCUUCUUCACCGACUCCAACGGCGAGUUCUACCACCACUUUGAGGAGAAGCUCAAGAGCCUCAACGCCGGCAACUCCAUGUCGGACCUCUGCAUCGAGGACUACCUCAUCAAGAGCGAGAAGGAGUGGUUCGACAUGUACCUCGACGCCCGGCUCGGCCGCGCCGCCUCCCCGUCGUCGCCGCGGUCGCCGCGGGCCAGUUCGAGGUCGCGCCCGUCCUCGCCCAUCAACGCCUCCAAGAUGAGCCUGGGCGUGUUCAAGAACAGGUCCUCUUCCAAGCUGAGCCUGCCCCUCGAGCGCGAGCGCGGCCGCAGCAGGGUGCCCUCCGGCCUGAUGAACAGCCACGCGGCCUCGGACAACAACAACAACAACAACGGCUACAACGACCACUCGCCCCCGGACUCCCCCGGCUCCUACAACGCGCAGUUCGACCUCCCCGAGGACUACGUGCCCCCCACCGGCGUCAAGAAGUACCUCCAGUACCGCCUCGGCGACUGGCCCGUGUACUCGAUGCUCCUGGCGCUCAACCAGAUCAUCGCCACCAACUCGUACCAGGUGACCCUGCUCACCGGCGAGGUCGGCCAGACGGCGUCCAAGCUCUACAUCAUCGCGACCGUCUACCUCUGCUCCUCCGUCGUGUGGUACACCCUGUCGCGCACCAUGCCCCUCCUCUACCCGCUGUCCGUCCCGUACUUUCUGUACGGCUUCGCCUUCAUGCUCCUCGGCUUCUCCGGGUUCCCCACCAAGAGCAACGACCAGGUCUGGCUCCAGAACGCCGCCACAGGGCUCUACGCCUUCGCGUCCUCGUCCGGCUCGCUCGCCUUCGCCUUCAACUUCGGCACCGACGGCGGCUCGACCGUCCCCAAGUGGAUCCAGCGCCUCGCCAUCAUCCAGGGCCUCACCCAGCUCUACACCCUCGCCCUCUGGGCCUGGGGCAGCCUCGUCUCCGAGGCCGAGGCCAACAGCGUGGCCAAGCCCACCCUCGCCGGCUCGCCCUACCUCCUCGCCGUCUGCGCGCCCGCCGCCCUCCUCCUCUGGGCCGUCGGCGCCGUCCUCUACCUCGGCCUCCCCGACUUCUACCGCGAGAUGCCCGGCCCCAUCCCCCAGCUGUGGCUGACGCUCCUGAAGCGCAGGACCAUCGCCUGGUACCUCAUGGCCGUCUGCAUCCAGAACUACUUCCUCAGCUCCCUCUUCGGCCGCAACUGGUUUUUCCUCUUCUCGUCCCAGCACGUGCCCGUCUGGAGCAUGGUCAUCCUCGCCCUCUUCUUCUUUAUCUUUGUCUGGGCCAUCGUCCUCUGGGGCCUGGCCAAGGCCAGCGAGAGCCACCCGUGGCUGUUCCCCAUGUUCGCCGUCGGCCUCGGCGCCCCGCGCUGGGCCCAGAUCUGGUGGGGUACCUCGCGCAUCGGCGUCUACAUGCCGUGGGCUGGCGGCGUCGUCGCCGGCGCCGUUCUCAGCCGCAUCCUCUGGCUGUGGCUCGGCGUCCUCGACGGCCUUCAGGGUGCGGGUAUCGGCAUGAUCCUCAUGCUGACCCUGACUCGUGUCCACGUCGCCGCGGCCUGCGUCGGGGCCCAGGUCCUCGGCUCCAUCUUCACCAUGCUUGGCCGCGCCACAGCCCCCAACAACGUCGGUCCCUCGACAGUCUUCCCCGACAUCAGCCAGGGCGUCGAUGUUGCCUUGGCCCACGGCUGGUUCUGGGUUGUUUUGCUACUCAACCUGUUCAUUUGCUUUGGCUACUUCAAGUUCUUCAGAAAGGAGCAGGUCAGCAAGCCUUAA